AGAAGAUUUAGGACACGCCUCUCUGAGAGAGCUGCCUUGAGCCUGGUGAAACAUGUGUGACUAUAUGGAGGAGAGUAUAAAAAUACCCUUUGGCAAAAAGGAUGUUGAUGCUGUAUUUACUGUCCCCAGCACUUGCAGUCGGUUAUUGUAUGCAGUCAUUUUAACACAUGGUGCCGGUGGAGACAUGAACUAUCCUCCCUUGGUGUCUUUAGCAAAGUAUCUGGCCACACACAGAGUCCUGUGUCUUAGAUUUACAUGUAAAGGCCUCAAUCUUGCUCACCGAACAAAAGUUUACACUGCUGUACUGGAAUACCUGAAGUCUUGCAAGGAGCGUAAAAUAGCUGGUGUGUUUCUUGCAGGUCGAUCAAUGGGAUCUCGAGCUGCUGCUGCUGUGAUGAGGAGGGCUUCUGAAGAUGAUGAUGAAUUUGUGCGUGGGCUGAUCUGUCUUUCAUAUCCAUUGCACCCGCCCAACACAAAGAACAAGCUAAGGGAUGAAGAUCUCUUGCUGAUCACAAACCCAGUGCUGUUUGUUUCAGGAUCUUUAGAUGACAUGUGUGAUAAGAGACUUAUGGAAGAUUUAAUAACCAAUAUGAAAGCUCCUGUACAAAUCCACCUGGUUGAAAAUGCAAAUCAUGGAAUGGCAGUCAAGGGCAAAACUAUGGAUGAUGUCACAUCUGAAAUAAAUGAGACAGUAUUGUCAUGGAUUCAAAAAAACUGUUGAACAUUUUAAAUGUGGUUUGAAAAUGUCUGGAAAAUGUCAAAUGUUGUAAGUUUCCUCUUACAUUUCAAAGGUUAUUUGUUUACUAUAUCGAAAAGUUUUUUUGUUCAUUAUAUUGUAUUUAGCAUAAACUAAUAGUUGUCAUAACGCAAGUAAGAUAAUUUUGUUUUAUGUAAGUCAAUAAAGUAUGUCAUAGUUUCCCACUUGUAUUGUUCACAGACUGGCCAUUUCAUAUUUUGAACUUAUUUUAUAUGUGAUGAAUAUUGUAAGAGAAGGAUUAUAUAGUCGCCAUAGGGCCAUAAGGUCUUUAAAACAAAAAAGUAAGGGAACAUACAAUUAAUAUGUAAUUAUGUAUUUUUUAAAGGCCCAUGUGA